CUUUUUAAAAACGUCCCGAGUGGGCGGAGCUUAUAGACAGCCUGUUAUUACAGCAGCACGGUGGACGCCAUCUGUUCUGCUUUGCUUCCGUGAAAUCCGACCCUAGUAUUUGUCAUAUUUGAGUUCAAGAUGGUGACGAAGAGGAUGCGCUCGGAGUACAUGAAGAAAUUCAAAGACCCCAAAUGGGAGAGUUACAGCAGAUGUUAUGAGGAGAUGCUGAAGUACAGGCUGACCCGCAGGCUGCUGGAGCAAGCUCACAACCCCUGGUUCUGGAGCGGUGGCCCCGAUAAUGACUCAGACUCCUGGGGAAGAAGUCCUCCUCCUCCCGGUAAGAACCAGGUCGGAGACGCGCCGGAGGCUGCAGAGCUGGAGCAGUGUGACGGGACGAAGAUGGACAGACAGCCCGAGCAGCAGAGCAGAGUCCCUGGGACUGUGCCCAGGCUUCCCCUUCAAGAGGAGGGUGGUUCUGGAGCACAAGACUCACAGCCUGAAGGUGCCAGAGAGACAGGCGCACCAGAGGAUAAGAGAGAGAAGCAGACUCACAGGGAACAAAGCAGAGAGGGCAUCACUGGAGGAGCUCAACCACAGCAGAGUAAACUCGCCAAAUCCUCAAAGCAAUUAUGGCGCUCCCAUCGGGUCAGUCCAGCACCAACAAAGCAUCCCAAGGACGAUAAUAAGGAGAGCAGACAUCCCUUCGCUCUGUACGCUUCAGGGGAGAAGGAUGCUGACAUGGCGAACAGGAAAACACACAAUGUUGGCCCUGCAGCUUCGACUACCGAGAUCCAUGAGUCGGCUCUGCGGGCCAAGACCAGACGGAAGGUGGAGCGCCAGGUCCAGGCACAGGUGACCGAGCGCCGGAGAGCCAAGUCUGCUAAUGUGGACAAGACCGGGAAGUCUGUUCAACCAGAAUUCAACCCUUGGCUCACAGAGUACAUGCGCUGCUUCUCUGCCCGCUCGCGAUAGGACACACACACACACACACACACACACACACACACACACACACACACACACACACACACACACACACACACACACACACACACACACACACACACACACACACACACAUAUACACACACACACACACACACACACACACACUUAGCAUAAACACUGACAUCAGGGUGAUUCAAGACAAAAACACAUGAAUGAAGCCAUUAUUGCCUACCACCCCUAAAAUAUAAAUGCCCAUGGAUGUAGAGUAGAGCGCAUCACAUUCUGGAUGUACCUUCCCUGUGUCUGUUUUAAUGUAUAUGAUACGAACCAUUCAAAAGGUAUGAGAGACUUUUAACUAUUAUUUCAAGUUGAAUGUACAAGUCAUGGAUCUAACAUGUACAAAUAUUUUAAUUAGAAAGUCUUCAAUGCAUUUUACAGCCAUACUUUCAUAAAUUUAAACACAGGCUUUAUAAAAUCUGAUUGUUAUACAGGGAUAUCAAACUACAGCGGUCUCACAAAGGAGUAAUGCAGACGUAUGACAGUAGGUAUGCUUAGAUUCAGACACGUUUUCCUGAAAAUAUAAGACCUCAAACAUGAAGACAAAACCAAACACAAAGUCACCAUGUUUAUAUUGCAACACGUUCACUAAGCACUGCAAUUUGUUCUCAAAUGUAUGCAGCUUUGGAUGUGGAUAGGCAUUUUGUAUUUCUAUUCACUCACACAAAUGUCCUUUCAGGGGCAUUACAUAUUUUCAUUGAUAGAUUCCCCAGUGGUGUGAUAUUGUUCUUGUAGAUUCACUGACUGACUUGGUUCAGAGAAAUAGUAAAUCACACUCUGCACUCGCAGUCAAACUCUGAAAAUCACAGUUUUGUGAUGUGGCUCAUUUUCUCAUGAGCUUUUUACAUAUCACAAUGUUAUUGACAAACAAUAAGUUGAAAAGAACAUUUGCGUUUUUUGUUGUUGAAUUUAAUGUGGGUGUGUAUAGUAGUCAAUCUACAUGGUGCUGUUGCAGCGAGAAAAUAGAUCUGACAUUUAAAGCCAUUGGAUGACUGAUCGGUGUGUUUCUAUGUGGUGCAAUGUAAUAUAAAAAAAACACACAGCUAAUGUAGGUCAUUUAAAAAGCAUAACAAUCGAUUGUUGAGACCAAAUUAGUUUUAGCAGUACUGUAACAAAAUGUUCUUUAAGACCAAAAGUUGAACCGUAACAACAAUGGACUUUUACCUGAUGCACUUUGACGAUGAGGCACCUUUUUGAUGUUUGUACAGAAUAUUUUGUUACCUAUUAAGUUUCCUUGUAAUUUACUCAUCCUUUAAAUCAGUGUAAAUAUGUUUGUUAACAUGAGCACAGUGUUAUUUUUACUUUACUGAUCCAUUCAACCUAAAUCUGUGCCAUAAAACCUUGAGAAAAGUAUUUUCUCCUUUGCACAAAUAUAGUUUCAAAUGUUAAAAUGGUCAAAAAUGGUUUGUGCUUUAUAUUUCAACAAUUCAUAUAUUUAACUUAAUCUUAAUGUUCUGUUGUUGCAACUCUGCAUUCAGUGUUACUUUAUUUACUUUUGUAAUGAUUUAGAUGUCAGUCUUUUUAGGUUAAACUGCAAUGUAGUUCAGAGAAAAGAUGUGAAGAUGUGACAUUUUGUGCAAUAAUAUGAUACAAACAGUUGUAUUUUAUAUGUGGUGAACUUUGAUGGUCACAAAAAACUGGAACAAGUUAGUUACUGAGUUAUUUCUUCUUAGUUACUGAAACCCAACUUUAUAAGAAAAAUCCUCUUGAUACAUUACUGUUUAUUCCUAGUCUAUAAAUUAAAUCAGGCGUAAUUAGGAAAACAGAUAUAAUGACUAAGCGGCCAAAAGAAGUUUCAGCAGUUGACAAACUUUGGCAAUGAUUCAGUGAAAAUGCUUCUACUGUUCCUCACAGAAAAUUCAAAGCAAUUCCCUUAAUGUAAUUUACACAUGAAAGGCAGUAUGUUAAAGUUCCAAAAUACUGUAAAACAUCAUGAUUCCUUUUUCAAGGCUUUUAAAAUACUGUGUAGAUAUCGGUUUAACAGGUAAAGACUGUUGUGGUUGAUGAUGUGGUGCAAAGCUUUAAUAAAUCACUUUUCCAAAUGA